GAGACAGUCGCAAAGCCCUCGCGUAGCGGGCGCGGGGCGGCGCCAUGGCGGCCACCUACAAGCCGUAUUUGAACUGCGUGCGGUCGACGCUCAAGGCGGCGCUCUGCUUGAGGAAUUUUCCUUCGCAGAUCGUCGAGCGACACAACAAACCCGAGGUCGAGGUGCGCGGCUCCAAGGAGCUCCUGCUGAACCCGAUCACGAUCUCCCGUACCGAGCAGGAGAAGUGCCUCAUCGAGGGCUCCGUGAACUCGGUCCGCGUGUCCUUCGCCAUCAAGCAGGCCGACGAGAUCGAGCGCAUCCUCACGCACAAGUUCACGCGCUUCCUCAUGCAGCGCUCCGAGCAGUUCGUGAUCAUGCGUCGGAAGCCCGCGGAGGGCUACAGCAUCUCGUUCCUCAUCACGCACACGCACCUCGAGAAGAUGUGGAAGGGCAAGCUCGUCGACUUCAUCAUCACCUUCAUGGAGGACAUCAACAAGGAGAUCUCGGCCAUGCGCAUCGCCCUCAACUCGCGCGCGCGCAUCGUCGCGGAGGAGUUCCUCAAGGACUUCGCCUCCUGAGCGCGGAGCGGCGUCGCCGGAGCCGCGCGGUCGUUAUUAAGCACGCUUCUGGUU